GCAGUGCCUGUGUCUCUUUGAGCAGAGCGCACGCCAGCCCCUUAUUCUAAUGGGGACAGGCGAUGGCAGUUCCCCAACUUUAUACCACCUGAAGAACUAUUUCCGAUGUAGUAACGACUGCAGAAGUCAUAUGCGAUUUUAUGAUACUGAAUCCCCCCAAGUGUCUUCCUGAGUAUGAGUUGACGGAAGGCCUUCUGAAUGACCUCUUGACGGCAGCUUACCACGAAAAGGUGCUCCCUUGUAGCCAACGUAGCCAGGAACUCUCACGGAUUUGCUUUUUUUCAUCCAACGUAGACCAAGUGAGGUGCAACAUGACGAGGCAAGCUGCCUGUGGGGAAAGGUGCAUUCCCGUGGCCUGGCUCUGCAACGGAGAGCGAGAGUGCCCCGACGGAACUGAUGAGCAGUGUGAGGAAGUAUGCGGUGGACAUCCUCAGGCCUGGCAGUGUGAUGACGGGAAAUGUAUUUCUAUUAGCUGGCUCUGUGACGGUACCGGAGACUGCUUGGAUGGCUCCGAUGAGGUUAACUGUGAGAUACCAACAGCAUGUCCUGGCCGAAAAAUCCAGUGUCCGGGAAAUUCUCGGUGUCGUGAUGCUUGGGAGCUCUGUGACGUGCAUAAGGACUGCGGCGACGGGCUUGACGAAGCACCGUGCUCCCCGAACCGUUGCCUGGCCGGGCAGUGGCAGUGCAGGAACAAGGUGUGUGUCAUGGAUAGCUGGAAGUGCAACGGCGUCAAUGACUGCGGUGACUCCUCUGAUGAGGAAGCCUGUGCUUCCUGUCCAGAAGGCACUGUGAGGUGUGACGAAGGGAAAUGCAUCCUGGAAUCCCUGAUGUGUGACGGGGAAGCAGACUGCGCAGAUGGUACCGAUGAGCCCGCCACAUGCGGUAAAAACUGCUCUCUGGCCAACGGGGGCUGUGAGGGGCAGUGCAGGGACACAUACUGGGGAGUCCAGUGUUCGUGUGGAGCCGGGUGGCAAUUACAGCCGGAUGCUCAGAGCUGUGCAGAUCUAGAUGAGUGCUCCAAGGCCUACAGUCCUUGUGGCCAGCUGUGUCACAACACACCAGGCUCUUACUCCUGUGAAUGUAUUCAAGGUCACCAGCUCUACAAUGGUACCAGUUGUCGAGUUACAGAUGAUGCUGUUAAAAUUCUUAUAGCAGCAGAUCGAGAACUUGGUGUCCUGGAUCGAAGAACAGGCAUCUACGAACCUCUUGUACCUAUAAAAUCGAGGCCUACUUCCGUUGCAUAUGAUCUUGAGAGAAGCAUGUACUUUUGGGUGGACGGAAUCUUAAAUGUGUUUGUCCUUGGGAAGCCAAACUCGGUUCUUCUCUAUCCAGGUAUAUUUCUUGACGUGAAGAACCCUAUAGCUUCUUAAAGCCACAUCAACAGAGUAUAAGCAGCCUGUGUUACUCAUCUGGACAUCUUCUGUGACUUCCUUGGGAAUCAUGAGAGUUUGUACAGUCCCGAUUUGAGAUAAGACUAUCUAAUUUGGCUCCAUGGGAGCUUUGGUAGAGUCCAACUGGAGAAUGAAGUCACUAUUAAGUAGUCCAGAAAGUUUGGGGAUGUGGGCUCAGGCCAAGGUUUGUCUCCACUCUAUUACUAGGUAUGUGACUUUGAGCAAGUUGCUAACUCCUUUGAACCACCGUCUGUAAGAUGAAGGGAA